AUGCUCUUGCAAUCACUAUAUUUGCUAGCGCUGUUGUCUGUGGGAGCCACCGCCCUAGAUCUUAAUGUGUGCUCGUCUCAGAACAUCGGUUCUGGCAAAGCUUCCUAUACGUACAUGUCCAACGGAUGGUGCCAUAAUCAUUGCAAAAAUCAGGGAUUCGCCGUGGCCAUAACUCAGAAUUACGACUGCUGGUGCACAAACGAUGUUCCUGCCGACACCGCUUCCAAAUCCAAUUGCAACACAGGCUGUCCUGGGUACGCUGAGCAAGAGAAUUGUGGAGGGGAUGGGUACUACGGCUACAUUUUCAUCCUGGACCCUUCCUCCACGGUCGGAGCCUCGUCUUCCUCGCUGUCGAGCUCACCUUCAUCGAGCUCUUCCCUUUCGACUCAGCCCUGGUCCUCUCUGGCUCCUCCAACGACUUCAGAGGAGACAUCAUCCAGUGAUCCCACAACCCUGUCCUCAUCCACAGUUUCUCCUCUGACUCUGUCCACGUCGUCGUCAUCAUCAUCGCCAACAACUUCCUCUUCUUCCUCACUGUCGUCACCCUCACCGUCGUCGUCACCGUCGUCGUCGUCGUCAUCUUCACCGUCAUCUUCAUCAUCAUCUUCAUCGUCAUCGUCAUCGUCAUCGUCAUCGUCAUCGUCAUCGUCGUCAUCAACGACAUCAUCUACAAGUUCAUCUGCAAGAAAAGCGAGUUCUUCGUCCAAAGAUGCACCUAGUGUCGUCACAUCAGUGCUUGCAACGACGGUCUAUUCGGUUACAACCGCUGAUGGCUCCUCGUCGCAGAUGGUCUCCACUCGAUAUAUCACUAAAGUGGCCUCUUCGUCCCCUACAAGCAGCUCAAGCAGCUCUGGUGACGGCGACAAUAAUCUGAAGUCUUUCUUUGAUUCCACUGGUAAGGUGGCUGGCACAUUUACUGCUGUUGGUGUCGUUGUUGUGGGAGCCAUUGCUGGUUUGCUCUACUGUUGUUGUUUUGGCGCAGGUCGCCAUAAUGAUGAUUAUUCAGACGAAGAAAACCAGUACUCUUCUGAUGAAGUGUCUGUUGUGAACGAGAAGAACUCACCCUCUGGAGGGGGAAUAUUCCACUCCAAAUCGUCGCUGAGAAGUUCCAAUCUCAAGAGAGAUAACUCCAGCAAGUCGAUUAUGUCUAUAUUUAACCCUGUUACAGGCGGAGCUGUCGGCUCCAAUGUUGCACGCAGCUUGUCGAAGAAGAAGCUCAAUCCCAACAAGGAAUCUGCUCCGGAUUCAGGCGGUCCUAUCAUGUUCCCCAUUUCAGAAUUCGAUAAUCGUUUAGAUCCAGAGACUAUGUUUCAAAACUCCAACGCAUCGAAGUUUUCUUUUGCUGACGAAAAUGACUAUUCGAGGCGUAUAUUGCAUGUUGCUAAUCCAGAGUAA